AAUCGGAAUUUCCAGAGACAGAGUUGUUUUUUUGUUCAAAUCCGAGAUUUUUAUCUCGCUGCUGAGCUGUCAACAGUCGCCGGAGCCCCCCCCCCCACCCGGUUUCUUUCCGGCUAUCUUGUUACAAGUCCCCGGCCGUAAUUCCGCCGGAGACCAUCUAAAUUCCCUCUGAUCAUUUGAAUUUCAGACCAAAACUGACGUUCUCUGGGAGCCGAUUCUGGUCUGACUAACAUCAAUUUCCGAUUCGUCAGAAACCAUAAUCUAAUUCUUGCGGCGAACCGGAUCCGACUUCUCCGGCUAUUUUCUUUUCUACCGGAAAUGAAAUACAUGGAAUUAGGGUUUCGACCUGACACAUUCUACACUGUGGAAGCAGUAAGGUCUGUGUCUUCUGAUUUAUUGAAUGAUCUUAUAAUCCAAGUCAAAUCCACCAAAUACCUUCUUCACAAGUUUCCGAUGCUAUCAAAAUGCCUGCGUUUAAAGAACCUAGUCUCUUCACAAUCACAAGAAACCGAAACCGAAACCUCGCAAGAACAGAAAGUGAUACAACUUGUUGAUUUUCCCGGCGAAACAGAAGCUUUCGAGCUCUGUGCUAAGUUCUGUUACGGCAUCACAAUCACUCUCUGUGCUCACAAUGUAGUCGCGGUACGAUGUGCAGCGGAGUAUCUCGGGAUGACGGAAGAAGUCGAGCCCGGCGAGACCGAGAAUCUUGUCCAGAGACUCGAACUUUUCUUGAGUUCUUGCGUCUUCACGAGUUGGAGAGACUCUCUUGUCACUCUUCAGACCACAAAGGUCUUACCUUUAUGGUCUGAAGAUCUUGGGAUCACAAAUCGAUGCGUCGAGGCGAUUGCGAACGGUGUAACUCUAUCCAACGGUGAAGAUUUUUCGAGCCAAUUAGAAACGGGUUUGUUGAGAAACCGGUCAAUGAGGAGAAGAAGAGACGAAAUCUUGUGUAAUGGUGGAGGAAGUAAAGCAGAGAACACACGAUGGUGGGGUGAAGAUUUGGCUGAUUUGGGUUUAGAUCUUUACCGGAGAACAAUUAUGGCUAUAAAAUCAUCAAACCGGAAUGUAUCUCCGAGGUUAAUCGGAAAUGCUCUUAGAAUCUACGCGUCUAAAUGGCUACAGAGAACCGAAGAAUGCUCUCCGGAAUCAAAACUGGUUUUGGAAUUGGUUAUUUCCCUUUUACCAGCGGAGAAAUCCUCUGUUCCUUGCAGUUUCUUGCUUCAGCUACUGAGAAUGACGAAUGUUAUGAACGUUUCUCAGUCUUCGAAGAUGGAUCUCGCGGCUAAAGCCGGAAACCAAUUGGAUAAGGCAACCGUUAGCGAGCUGUUGAUACCUUUAGCAGACAAGUCAGAUAUGUUAUACGAUGUGGUUGUUGUGACGAUGAUGGUGAAGCAGUUUGUGUCUCAGAUAAAGUCAGAGAGAAGAAGAACUCAACAUAGAAGGUCCCGUUCAGAAGAAAACAUCAAUCUGGAUGAGAUACAAGAGGUUGGAAGAUCUCUGUCUUCUUCUUCUUCUUCUCCUUUGUUGGCAAAGGUAGCAAAACUUGUUGAUUCGUAUCUUCAAGAGAUUGCUAAAGAUGUGAACUUAACGGUGUCGACGUUUGUUGAAUUGGCUGAAUCGAUACCGGAAUGUUCUAGGAUAUGUCACGACGAUUUAUACAAAGCGAUUGACAUCUAUCUCCAGGUUCAUCAGAAGAUUGAAAAGUGCGAGAGAAAGAGGUUAUGCAGAAUCUUGGACUGCAAGAAACUAACAGUAGAGGCAAGCAAGAGCGCUGCACAGAACCAGCUGCUUCCAUUGAGAGUGAUCGUGCAAAUCCUCUUUGUCGAGCAAGCACGAGCCACGAUAGCUACAACAACAAACAAUAUCAUCACGAACGAAACAGCGGUUUUGAGAAGAAGCUUUACAACGAGAAGAGAAGAAGUGCAAGAAGAAGAAGAAGAAGAAAGAGAUGAAAUCAAAACAAACGGAGGGUUUCAGAGCACUCCUUCGAGGUUUAUGGCGUUUUGUGCGAUCCCAAGACAACCUAAGAAGAUGUUAUGUAAGUUGUUGUCGAUCAGUAGGAGUUUAAGCCAACGGAUUUAAAAAAGGAUUGAUGGUGGCAAAGUUUUUCUACUGGUUUCUUGUUGAUCACGUCAAGUGUCCUUAUUCGUCCAAGUGAAGCUUAUUUUGUUCCGGAAAAAUUCAUUUGUAUCAUAAUGUAAAUUUACAUUUUG